AUGCCAGUCUACCACGUCGUCCUCUUUCGCCUCAAACAAGGCGUCACGCCCGCCCAACUGGCAAACUGGUCCAAAGUCUCCCAGGCAAUGGUCGGCCAGAUCCCCGGUCUCCGCUCCCUGAAGACUAACCCGCCGUUGCCAAUCUCCGUGCCCCGCGCCAAGGGCUUUGAUAUGGGGCUGGUUGCGGUUUUGGAUAAACCGGAGGAUGUCGCUGUUUAUGCGGGGCAUCCGGCGCAUUUGGAGGUCCAUAAGUUGAGGGAGGAGUUGUGUGAGGAUACCUUGGCUUAUGAUCUGGAGUUUGACGAGUGA